GUUAUUUCCUGUGUGUUGGGAGAAUGGAGAGAAAAAACCCCGAGCCGAGCGGCUUUCGGCCCCUGCGAGGCGGCCGCGGCCUCCGCCGGGGGAGCCCGCCCUGAGGCGCGCCCGACCGGGGAGCGAGCGAGCGAGCGCGAGCGCGCGGGCCGGAGCGAGCGUCGAGGGGCCGCGGCCCCCCGGCCCGCCCCGCCGCCGGCCCCGGGCGCCCGAGCUGGAGGCGGCGGAGGCUUCCCCCACCCCCACCCCGCGCAGCGCCGUCCGCCGCCGCCGCUCCUUCCCCUCCCGCCCCCGGCUGAGGCCGAGGGACCGGGCGGGGGGCUCCCGCAGGAGGGCUGCUGGCCUGCUGCUGCGCUGCUGAGCAGUAUGCAGUCCUUCCGGGAGCAAAGCAGUUACCACGGGAACCAGCAGAGCUACCCCCAGGAGGUGCACGGCUCAUCUCGGAUAGAGGAGUUCAGCCCCCGCCAGGCCCAGAUGUUCCAGAGUUUUGGGGGUGCUGGUGGAGGUGGCGGUAGCAGUGGCGGCAGCGGCGGUGGGCGACGGGCGGCAGCGGCGGCGGCGGCCGCGAUGGCCAGCGAGACCUCCGGCCAUCAGGGCUACCAGGGCUUCAGGAAGGAGGCUGGAGACUUCUACUACAUGGCCGGCAACAAGGACCCCGUGGCCACAGGCACCCCACAGCCUCCUCCGCGAAGGCCUUCCGGGCCGGUGCAGAGCUACGGACCCCCCCAGGGGAGCAGCUUUGGCAAUCAGUACGGCAGUGAGGGUCACGUGGGCCAGUUCCAAGCACAGCACUCUGCCCUGGGCGGUGUGUCUCAUUACUCGCAGGAUUACGCGGGGCCCUUCUCCCCGGGGAGCGCUCAGUACCAGCAGCAGCCUUCCGGCCAGCAGCAGCAGCAGCAGCAAGCGCAGCAGCUGCGCCAGCAGCUCUACCAGUCGCACCAGCCCCUGCCGCAGGCGGCCAGCCAGCCGGCGCCCGGCGCCCCCCACCUGCAGCCCAUGCAGCGGCCCUCCACGCUGCCGGCCUCCGCCGCCGGCUACCAGCUGAGGGUGGGGCAGUUCGGCCAGCACUACCAGUCUUCUGCCACCGCCGCCGCCGCCUCCUUCCCGUCACCGCAGCGUUUCAGCCAGUCUGGGCAGAGCUACGACGGCAGUUACAGCGUGAACGCCGGGUCGCAGUACGAAGGGCAUAGCGUGGGCUCCAGCACACAGGCUUACGGAACGCAAUCCAGUUACAGCUAUCAGCCUCAGUCUGUGAAGAAUUUCGAACAAGCCAAGAUUCCACCCGGGACCCAGCAGGGGCAGCAGCAGGGGCAGCCGCAGGGGCAGCAGCACCCCCCUCAGCACGUGAUGCAGUAUUCCAACGCCGCCACCAAGCUGCCCCUGCAGAGCCAGGUCGGGCAGUACAGCCAGCCCGAGGUUCCCGUGAGGUCCCCCAUGCAGUUUCACCAGAACUUCAGCCCCAUUUCUAACCCUUCCCCAGCUGCCUCCGUGGUUCAGUCUCCAAGCUGUAGUUCUACCCCGUCUCCUCUCACGCAGAGCGGGGAGAACCUCCAAUGUGGGCAAGGCAAUGUGCCAAUGGGCUCCAGAAACAGAAUCCUGCAGUUAAUGCCUCAGCUCAGCCCAACCCCGUCGAUGAUGCCCAGUCCCAACUCUCACGCUGCAGGCUUCAAAGGGUUCGGGCUGGAAGGGGUGCCCGAAAAGCGGCUGACCGAUCCCGGCUUGAGCAGUUUGAGUGCCCUGAGCACGCAGGUGGCCAACCUUCCUAACACAGUUCAGCACAUGCUACUUUCCGAUGCCCUGACCCCUCAGAAGAAGACCUCAAAGAGGCCCUCCUCAUCAUCUAAGAAAACAGACAGCUGCCCCAACUCAGAAGGCUCCUCACAGGCUGAAGAACAACUGAAGUCCCCGUUGGCAGAGUCGCUGGAUGGAGGCUGCUCCAGCAGUUCUGAGGAUCAAGGCGAGAGGGUGAGGCAGCUGAGCGGCCAGAGCACAAGCUCGGACACCACCUACAAGGGCGGGGCCUCGGAGAAGGCAGGCUCCUCACCAGCACAGGGAGCUCAGAACGAAGCCCCCCGACUCAGCGCCAGUCCCGCAGCCCGAGAAGAGACCGCCUCACCGGGUGCCAAGGACACACCCCUGUCAUCUGAGGGCAACCCGAAAGUCAAUGAGAAGACAGUCGGGGUGAUCGUCUCCCGGGAAGCCAUGACAGGCCGGGUGGAGAAGCCUGGUGGGCAGGACAAAGGCUCCCAGGAGGAGGACCCUGCAGCCGCACAGAGGCCGCCCAGCACCGGGGCGGCGAAGGAGACCAGCCACGCGCCCCUUCCCCAGCCAGAGCCUCCGGGGGGAGGCAGUAAAGGAGGCAAGAGUGGAGACAGUAACUCCAACCACAACGGGGAAGGGAACGGCCAGAGUGGGCACCCCACAGGGGGCUCUGGUUUCACAGGCAGGACUGAGCCCAGCAAAUCUCCUGGAAGCCUGCGCUAUAGUUACAAAGACAGUUUGGGGUCAGCCGUGCCGAGAAACAUCAGCGGCUUUGCCCAGUAUCCUACAGGACAAGAUAAGGGGGACUUCACCAGCCACGGGGAGCGAAAGGGCAGAAAUGAGAAGUUCCCCAGCCUCCUGCAGGAGGUGCUUCAGGGUUACCACCACCACCCCGACAGGAGGUACUCCCGGAGUUCUCAGGAGCACCAGGCCAUGGCUGGCAGCCUCGAAGGAGCCACAAGGCCUAAUGUCUUAGUGAGUCAGACCAAUGAGUUAGCUAGCAGGGGCCUUUUGAACAAAAGCAUUGGGUCCCUGUUAGAAAACCCCCACUGGGGCCCCUGGGAAAGGAAGUCAAGUGGCACGGCUCCUGAGAUGAAGCAGAUCAAUUUGGCCGACUACCCAAUUCCCAGAAAGUUUGAAAUAGAGCCUCCAUCAUCAGCCCAUGAGCCCGGGGGUUCCCUCUCUGAGAGAAGAUCAGUCAUCUGUGACAUUUCUCCACUAAGACAGAUUGUCAGAGACCCGGGGGCUCACUCGCUGGGACACAUGGGCGCCGACACCAGACUCGGGAGGAAUGAGCGUCUCAAUCCCAGUUUGAGUCAGUCGGUCAUUCUUCCAGGUGGGCUGGUGUCCAUGGAAACAAAGCUAAAAUCCCAGAGUGGGCAGAUAAAAGAGGAAGACUUUGAACAGUCCAAGUCCCAAGCUAGUUUCAACAACAAGAAAUCGGGAGAGCACUGCCACCCUGCUAGCAUCAAGCACGAGUCCUACCGAGGCAACGCCAGCCCUGGAGUGGCGGCCCACGAUUCCAUCUCAGACUACGGCCCACAGGACAGCAGACCCACGUCGAUGCGGCGAGUCCCCGGCAGAGUUGGCGGUCGGGAGGGCAUGAGGGGUCGGUCCCCUUCUCAGUAUCAUGACUUUUCAGAGAAGUUGAAGAUGUCCCCUGGGAGGAGCAGAGGCCCAGGGGGAGACCCUCAUCACAUGAGCCCACACAUGACCUUCUCCGAGAGGGCCAACAGGAGUUCUUUGCACGCUCCCUUUUCUCCCAAUUCGGAAAGCCUGGCCUCCGCUUAUCACACGAGCACGCGUGCUCAUGCUUACGGGGACCCCAGUGCAGGUGUGAAUUCCCAGCUGCAUUACAAGAGACAGAUGUACCAACAGCAGCAAGAGGACUACAAGGACUGGGGCGGCAGUUCUGCUCAGGGAGUGAUUGCUGCGGCUCAGCAUAGGCAGGAGGGACCCCGCAAGAGUCCACGGCAGCAGCAGUUUCUCGACCGAGUCCGGAGUCCCCUGAAGAAUGACAAAGAUGGCAUGAUGUAUGGCCCACCGAUGGGGACGUACCAUGACCCCAGCGGUCAGGACGGCGGGCGCUGCCUCAUGUCUAGCGAUGGUCUUUCUAACAAAGGCAUUGAACUGAAGCACGGCUCCCAGAAGUUACAGCAAGAAUCUUGUUGGGAUCUCUCUCGGCAGACUUCUCCGGCCAAAAGCAGCGGCCCUCCAGGAAUGUCCAAUCAGAAAAGGUACGGACCACCCCACGAGACGGACGGACACGGGCUCUCAGAGUCUACGCAGUCAUCCAAACCGAGUAACGUUAUGCUGAGACUUCCAGGUCAAGAGGAUCAUUCUUCUCAAAACCCCUUAAUCAUGAGGAGGCGUGUCCGUUCUUUUAUCUCUCCCAUUCCCAGUAAGAGACAGUCACAGGAUGUGAAGAACAGCAACACUGAAGAUAAAGGGCGCCUCCUUCACCCGUCAAAAGAAGGCACUGAUAAAGCCUACAAUUCCUAUGCCCAUCUUUCUCACAGUCAGGAGAUCAAGUCCAUCCCUAAGAGGGAGUCCUCCAAGGACCUUCCGAGUCCAGAUAGUAGAAACUGCCCAGCGGUUACCCUUACAGGGCCUGCUAAGACCAAAAUCCUGCCCCCAAGGAAAGGCCGGGGGUUGAAACUGGAAGCUAUCGUCCAGAAGAUCACAUCCCCAAACAUUAGGAGGAGUGCGUCCUCGAACAGCGCGGAGACCGGGGGAGACACGGUUACUCUUGACGACAUCCUGUCUUUGAAAAGCGGCCCUCCAGAAGGUGGGAGCGGUGCUGUUCCGGAUGCUGAGCUGGAGAAGAGAAAAGGCGAGGUGAUAUCUGAGCUGACCUGUCCCGCAAACCAGGAGCUGAGCGGAGAGAAGCCUCUGGCCCGGUCUUCGGAGGAGUGGCGCGGUGGUGGGGAUGACAAGGUGAAGACGGAGACGCACCCCGACACGGUUGCUGCUGGGAAGGAGCCCCCUGGUGCCAUGGCAUCCGCAACCUCACAGAAGCCUGGGGGUAACCAGGGGAGACCAGACGGGUCCCUUGGCGGGACAGCACCUUUGAUCUUUCCUGACUCAAAGAAUGUACCUCCAGUGGGCACGUUGGCUCCCGAGGCAAACCCCAAGGCUGAAGAGAAAGAGAGCGAUGCUGUGACGAUUUCCCCCAAACAGGAAGGCUUCCCCCCAAAGGGUUACUUCCCCUCAGGAAAGAAGAAAGGAAGACCCAUUGGUAGCGUGAAUAAGCAGAAGAAACAGCAGCAGCCCCCGCCGCCACCCCCUCAGCCCCCUCAGAUACCAGAAGGUUCUGCCGAUGGAGAGCCAAAGCCAAAAAAGCAGAGGCAGCGGAGGGAGCGAAGGAAGACUGGGGCGCAGCCCAGGAAACGGAAAACCAAACAGGCCGUUCCCAUCGUAGAACCCCAAGAACCGGAGAUCAAGCUGAAGUACGCCACCCAGCCCCUGGAUAAAACCGAUGCCAAGAACAAGUCUUUUUUCCCUUAUAUCCACGUAGUAAAUAAGUGUGAACUUGGAGCCGUGUGUACAAUCAUCAACGCAGAGGAGGAGGAGCAGACCAAAUUGGUGAGGGGGCGGAAGGGCCAGCGGUCCCUGACGCCUCCGCCCAGCAGCACCGAGAGCAAGGUUCUCCCAGCCUCGUCCUUCGUGCUGCAGGGCCCCGUGGUGACAGAGUCUUCUGUGAUGGGGCACCUGGUUUGCUGUCUGUGCGGCAAGUGGGCCAGUUACCGGAACAUGGGCGACCUCUUUGGACCCUUUUACCCCCAAGAUUAUGCAGCCACUCUCCCCAAGAAUCCACCUCCCAAGAGGGCCGCGGAAACGCAGAGCAAGGUGAAGGUCCGGCACAAAAGCGCUUCGAACGGCUCCAAGACGGACACUGAGGAGGAGGAGGAGCAGCAGCAGAAGGAGCAGAGGAGCCUGGCCGCGCACCCCAGGUUUAAGCGGCGACACCGCUCGGAAGACUGUGCCGGAGGCCCCCGGUCCCUGUCCAGGGGGCUCCCUUGUAAAAAAGCCACCACCGAGGGCAGCAGCGAAAAGACUGUUUCGGACUUAAAGCCCUCCGUGCCCACCACUUCAGAAGGUGGCCCCGAGUUGGAGUUACAAAUCCCUGAACUACCUCUCGACAGCAAUGAAUUUUGGGUCCACGAGGGUUGUAUUCUCUGGGCCAAUGGAAUCUACCUGGUCUGUGGCCGGCUCUAUGGCCUGCAGGAAGCGCUGGAAAUAGCCAGAGAGAUGAAAUGUUCCCACUGCCAGGAGGCGGGCGCCACCUUGGGCUGCUACAACAAAGGCUGCUCCUUCCGAUACCAUUACCCGUGUGCCAUUGACGCAGAUUGCCUGCUCCACGAGGAGAACUUCUCGGUGAGGUGCCCCAAGCACAAGGUGAGACUGUGGAGAUGAGAAGGUGGUGGACACUCGUGACGGAAUGGAAACGGUCCUCCUGUGCAGCCACACCCCACCCCGCCCCACCCCGCGUGCCUGCCCUCGCCAGCACUUCCUUCCUAAGUUCUUACAUCACUCUCAAACCGGUGACACCACAGGAAAGAAAGACCCAAGAAGUUGGAAUGGCUGUUUCCAUGGACACAAUCUCCAUAGUGACAGUGUGGGGGGAGGGGGGAGGGGUGGGAUGAUGGGAAAGGGUGGGGGGAAUUAAAAGGGAGGGAUAAAAAUAUAUAUAUAUAAAUCUAUUUUUAGUCUGGAAAGACUUUGUUUAAAUGAAAGGUGCGCUAUCCCUUUUGAUUCUAUUUUAAAAUUAUCUAGUUAAAGAACUCCAAAUUUGUUCCAAUAACGUGAAAUUUAAAUGUGAAAUUGAACCGAACAAACUCUGAUCUCACAAGGACAGGGGUGGCUUAGAUCCUUGGCCCAGCUCACACAAUUCAGAGACUCUAGACCUGGGGUUGGAAGGACAGACGAACUACACCAAACCAUGUCUUUGUCAGUAAUUUGUCUCAAAAGUGGGAAGGUCGAGGGGGAGGGAAGUGGGGGAUGGUCCAUGUUUUCAAGAAUGGGAGAAUGAUGUUUAAACACAAAAAUAAAUCUUUUUCAUUUCCAGAAACACUAUUUAUUUAUUAUUUUUUAAAUUUUUAUUAUUUUUUUUUUCGGGGGGGGGGCGGGACAUUGGCGGAUGCCCCAAGGCGGAGGCCCCACGGUCACAACUGUGUCCUGGGUCCUUGGCCGGUGAGAGCCCCGAGCAUCCCACCAAAGCGGCUUGGCCGGCAGGAUCAAGGGAUGGCCACCCCUGGGCACGUUCCAGGCAGCUGUUGUGCCCUGACCCCCAGGGCAGACGGGACAAACCUGAGCCGUAGGAGUGGACACAGGGAGGGGCGGUGUCAGGUGUGGUCACGUGGGGUAAGCUGACCAGGAGCACCCACUCCACCCUUUCUUCUUUUGCUUUCAUUUUUAUAAAAGAAAAGGGAGCCUGUCAGUUGAGCAGCCCCACGCUACAUGAUUCUCUAUGUUGUGUUGCUUUGUUUUGUUUUGUAAAUUGUAUAAUUUUUAAAUAUCUGAGUUUUAAAAAAAGAAAAAAGUACAAAAAAAAAAAUCUUGUUAAGGCCUUAAGAAGGGGUUAGUGCAUCUUUCAGGGGUCACUCUGCCAUGGGGAUAAAAUAGCUGUUUCACAAACAGUUUUAUUUAAAAAACAAAACAAAAAAAAUCAAAAAAAUAAUAAACUUCAUUUUAACCUUG